AUGAAUGGUCUAGCGUUGAGAAUAAGUCGAGGUAGCGAUAGUAAAUCAAAAAAAUCAAUUGGUUUUUCUCCUGUAAACAUAUCAAUUUCUAGUUUUAAAACAUCAGAUAAAUAUCACGAGUUAUUUCAAAAAUUUGCUGAUGCCACUUCUACAGAUGAACAGUUACCCAUUUUAAGAAAGAUUGUAGAUCUGUACAGAGAUGCGAUUGACACUGAUAUUAUAAAGUUUAUGGUCGUCGUAUUUCUACAAGCAGAGGCUAAACAUCCUCUGAAAUGUUUUAUCGCAAGGCAUGUCACAAAAAACAGCAACCUUCAAGAACCAUUUACAAGUGUACUAGCAUCACAGAUAUCUACAAGAAUAUCACCAGAGCCAACACACUACAAGGAAUACGAAGAUGUCGUAAGCAAAGUGGCAACAUGUAUUGAGAAUUUUAACGCAGGUGUCGCAGCUGUACGGAUUGUGGAAAAUGAACUUGGCACUUACUUGAUGAACUGUUUGGAUUUCUGUGUGGAUCUAUUGUUGAGCGAAAGCAAAACCUUAUCACCAACGGAAAAGAACGAAAUUUUCACCCUAUCCCAUAUUACUCUACGCCUGUUACUACAUAUUGUUCAGAAAGCAAACGAUGAGAGCCUCAGCGAGUUAAUUCCUUUGUUCAUUAUCAUAGAGCUGUGUAUUAAAGACUUGAUGAUUCACAAUGAUGUGCCUAUGGAUACUAAAUCAGUGUGUGGCAUACUGUUUAUUUCUAUGUAUAUUGUAAAGAAGGGACCUGACAGUUGGCUACAA